AUGUAUAGUGCAAUUAAGGCGAUAACUAAUAGUCUUAUGAUUAUUGAUGAUUUUGUACUUCAACAAGUAAAUUAUGAUGAUGAUGAAAGUGCUUUUAAUGAUAAUAAUCAAACAGAUGAUAAAUCAACUAUUCCUUAUGAUUGUACAAAUAUUGAAAAAAGAGUAAAAAUAGCAUUGUACAAUGCUAUUAACUAUUAUUGGCAAGUACUAUCCGAAGAAGGAAUGCUGGCUGCAUUACUAGAUCCUCGAUGCAAAACAUUGAGUUUUACUUCAGAAUCUCUAAG